GGCAGAGUCCAUUUAGUUUCAAUUCCCCUGUUUGGUUUGGGAUCAAAGUUAUUCGCCCUUUAAUACCAACAUUCUGGACAAAGCUGGAAGGACUGCUUGCUUAGAGACAGCCGGUCGGAAUAACAAGUCUUCAGAUAGUUACUUAAUCUCUAAUAAAUCAGAAAUUUUACGUGAGCCACACACAUCGAGAUGGACCGCUGGCGUCACGCUGGCUUCAAAAUCAAGCCAUACCGAUUCUAUUCGUAAGGAGGUUCUGUUGUAAGUUUGCUCCGUUUGAAUAAUUCCGAAUUAGCAUUCUUAAUAAGCUUACUGCUGAAAAUUUCGAACAACAGGGUGAUAAACUUCUUAGCUUAGAUAUCACUUCAACUUCCCUUCAUGUCAUUGCUCAAUUAAUUUAUCAAAAAGCCAUCAAUGAACCAAAAUUUACUUCUUUGUACGCCCAAUUGUGUUUAAAACUAUGCAGUAGUAUCCCUAAUUUUGAGUCAGGGGGUUCUCAAUCGGUAAAUUAAUUGAAUUGUUAACCUCCCUUCAGACUUUUCAGAUAUUCUUAAUUAAGUGUUGUGAAGAUGAGUUCAAGACCAGAGAUGUUUGUGAUGAUCAGAUCUCACGUCAGAAGUGCUUGGGGAAUCUACGCUUCAUCGCUGAACUUGGGAUUUGUGGUGUUAUGUCCGAAAAAGUUCUGCAUAACUGUGUUCAAGAACUUCUUUCCAGGAAAGGGCAACUUAGUUCAGUCAACGAUUCGGAGAUACAUACAUCUGCGCAGGAAAAAAACAAAACAGGCGAGUAAACUUUUAUAGUACGGAGUAGAAUUUUCGUAAGUAUCAAGUUAAGUCAAGAAAAGUCUUGUUCAUUAGGUCAGUGAAUCGAUGUAUGCAAUGUCAAUCUAAUUGGUUCAGGAAUAUGUAUAUCUUUCUUCUCAGCAGCUGCUCUGGGCUUGAUACAAAAGCCUGCGAGCGCUCACUAAUCCUUCGUUGAUCUUGUUUUAGACUAUCAGACCUAAACCGUUGUUUACCCGUUCGCUUGGUACUUUGAAGCUACCUGUUUAUUUCUAGGUCGGUAACUUCGAUUGCUUUCCACGUAAAAGAAACCAAUAGAAAUUGCUAUCAUUUUACAACAUAUCUGCUCAUUAUUUGAGACUUCAGAACACUUCUGAGUAGGUUAGUGGGUGCCUAUUUUAAGUUUGUUUGUUGAUGACUUCUAGGUUUGAUGCUUUUAUGAGACAGAUGGUAAUUCAUUCCCCUAUUCUUCAGUUUAGUUGAGGGGAGUGGCCCCCCUAAGAAAACCACCUGCUUCGGUUUGGGCACCCGGGCAGUAUCACAGCCCUCACACAUGUCGAAUGAGAAUUGUGUGGCGCAUAUAUAUUUGGUGCCUCCUUGUACCAAUAUCUGUGUUAAAAUUAUCACUAAAUAAAGUUUAGUUGAAGUGAGACAAGUAACCUUUCUUAGUGGAAUUACGACUACUGACAUCAAAGGCUGCUGUCCCCGAGCUGGAUAUCUUUAAUUAUGAUUAACCUCUACAUUAAAUUUAGCUCGUCCAUUUUUGUUGAGGUUCAUGGAUAUUCAGUGGAAUACGAAUUAAAUUUGCAGGUUUAGGACCGCUCACCCUAAUUGACAUAUAAGUAUUUAUCUGUGAGUUGAUCCAGAUCAUCAGUUGGACACUGCUAGCGAAGAACCGGCCUAGUGGCUAAAUCACUUGAAUUUUAAUCAGUAGAUCAUAUGUUCAGACUCCAUAUUGCUUUAGAAAACCAGGUUAUACCACCGACCUUUACGGUACGCAAUAAAUACAGGCAUACUCGGUAAAUGAAUUAUAUCAUUGCUCUAAUGUUGUAUUGAUCAUUGUCUUGUCUUAGUUUCCGCUAAGUCAACCCUCAUUAUAGGUUUCUAUGCAGUUGUGUAAAUGUUUUUUGCAGCCCAUACAAUUCGGGAGCGCUCUUUGUCCGCUGACUUGGAAUGUCUUUGUCAGUUCUUGACUGCUGUUGGGAAGCACAUGGACACACCGAAAGCGAAAAACUUAAUGGAUCAAUAUUUUCAUCGAUUGCGUCGUAUAUUAUCACGCGCUUACGAUUCAAAUGGAUUAACAUCCAACAAACAUGAAAAUGUAUCUACGGAAGGAAAAAAGUUUUCGAAGCCGAAUGAUAACUGCAUCUUAUCUUCUAGAGUGCGGUUCAUGAUUGAAGAUUUGAUAGACCUAAGGGAAAACAAUUGGAUUCCACGUCGAGCUGGUCAGCGUACAGAAACAAACAAGCCACGUUUCCUUCGAGAUAUUCGCUUGGAAAUAUUAAAAGAAUCUGGAGUCCUUGUUGCCCCAACUCCAAGUGAGCGCUCUGUCACACAGCCAGAUGUACCUGGGAGUGCUUUUAUGGGUCACUCAUCAGCUUCAAGUAACUCUUCAGUGAAUGGUGAAUUUCCUUUCGUAAGUGGUCUGAGCUCUAGUUCAUCGAAAAAUAAUAAUGGACUUAAUACUGGUGAAGCUAAAAGUUGGAUGGAGUUGGCGCGAAUGGGUGAAGAACUCUGUCGUCAAAGUCCUCGUGAUUUCUGUUUGUUGGAUAACAGAAAUCGUAUUGGAGAGAGCCCCAUCAGUCAAUUUCAUGGACGUCCACAGGCUGGUGUUGCCACAGCUAAUCGGCGCUUUUUGUCUAGCAAAAAUGAUUUGUCCCAUUCAAACAAUAUUCCUCAUCAAGGCUCUAAACCAAAUAACACUGACAGCUGGACCAAAAGAACGGAGAAAAAUGAAGUCAGUAGCGAUUUAGGGUGGGUACGUGGUGUCAACCCAAAACUACGGAACUCCGUUAUUACUCUGAGUAACGGCAUAUCAACAACUAAUUCUAACUUACCUCCUCGAAUGCUCAGAAAACUGGCUGCGGAAGCUGCUGGGAAUUUGCAGAAUAACUCGACAUCAAAUGUUUUUAACGAAACAAAACAACCUGUCCAUUCGGAAGUACAGAGCUUCCAUACAAAAUCCACUUCUGAUAAUAUGACAUCCAUUUCCAAAAACAGUGCAUCCUGCACCACGUCUUUUAUCCAUUUCAUUGGGCAAGUCAGUUCCUCUGAUCCUUUUGAGCCUGCGUACCUGCAAAAAGAAAGGUUAUCGGUCAGUGGUGGAAAUGAAGCCAGUACCCAAAAACCUGUUUGGUCUUAUCCUAAAUGUGUUCCAAACACGGCGAUUUAUGGUAGCUCAAAUCCAACUCUUCCGUUUAAACCACAAUCUUCUGUUUCACGUCCUCACUUAAUAAACAAACCGAAUUUCCCGGAUAUUCAAGCAGCAGUUCAGAAACCAUGUAAUCGUAAAUUUGACCAGGUUAGAUCAUCUAAUUUGAACAACAUGGUCCAGUCAUCAAACAAUCUUGCUGAAAACAAUUACAAUACCACGCACGCUGUUGAUGAAAACAGGAAAAUCGCCCUUAGAUUACUCACUUUAUUGGGAGAUUCUCGUGAUCCUAUCCUGGUUAAAAAUCAAUUAAAUUCAUCGGAUUUCAGUCGAAUAACAACCGAAGUUCUUGCCGUCGCUGUUUUACAUUUAUGUGAAGAAGGUACUAAUCUUAAGUUGGCGGAGGCGGAACCAUGUGAAUUAGCUGCAAUAUUAGUAGCAUGUGCUGAAAAUCUAUUGCAUCGCGAUGCGUCUACAUCAUUCCUUGCAUCUAAGAAUAAUCGCAAAACGAAACCCACAAAGUUGUCGUGUCAUCCUUUAUCUCUUGUAUGGUCAAACCUCCUUAGCAAGAUCUUAUGUGUGACACAGUUAACUUAUUCCAAGUCCAAACUAGCAUUAUUAUCAGCUGCUUUAAUUUGGAGUCGUCAUAUUAGUCUGUCUGAAUUUGGUGAGCCCUUACGUGGGGGUAAACAUCAUCCCUUGUUUUUACUCGUUCUACAACGUUUAUCACAAAUUGUUAGUGAAGAUGGAAGUGAAACAAUUUGUAUAUCUGGAGCGGGAUUGAGUGACAGACGUUCCUUGCUCAUCCAAUUAUUUCAAGAGAGUGAAUUGCAAAUGAAUCAAAUGGUCCCAGAAGGGAGUCAAACAAACGAAGCUUUGUUGUCUUUGCUAGAAGAACGUAAUUUAGAUUUUCUCGUCCCAAGCUUACGAUUGUCAACGGAACUAUCUCACCUUAUUAUGGAUACUUCAUCCUUAGAAGGGAAAUGUCCAGAAGAGUCUGACAAAAUCACAGCUUCUAAAUUCAACGAUUACCUUUCAAAUCAUCCAAUUGAUGCCAGGAUACGAGCAUCAGACUACAUUCAUGCUUGCUUGCCAGUCAUUUAUGAAUAUAUUCACAGAGUAGGAAUUAUUGAUCUUGGCAGUUUGUCUUCACCCCCCACUUUAAUGGCUAGAGAAAAAGCUGCGUGGGAGUGCAUAGUACCUCAUGUACUUAUCGAGGUUUUACGAAGCUCAACAGACCGACAGUUGGAUGCUCUUCAUGACCUGCAGUCCUUCUGGGUUGAUAAAAAUAUGCCUAAAGGGUUUUUGUUUCGUUGUUUUAUGAACCUUUAUAAUUGUGAGCUUGUAUGUGAAGACGCCUUUUUAUCAUGGAAAGAAGAAGUGGAUCCCAGUUAUCCUGCUAAAGGCCAAGCACUAUUUGAGGUCAAUCGCUGGUUAACGUGGUUAGAAACAGCAGAGGAAGAAGACGAAGAAGACCAAUGUAAAUCUGAUUCAAAUGAGGAUCAUGCAAAGAUAGUUCAAGAAAGUCCAAUGGAUUCGGAAAACUCAGAAGCUUCUAAAUCUCCCAACCAUUUUAUUGAUAUUGAGUCUCACAAUAUGCCACUGGCCCUGCAUCCCAAUUCAGCAGCUUUGCGUUCCUGAAUAACCCCUUUAGUUUCCGAACUUGAUAUCAGUUUUGUGUGUUGAUAUGAUAAUGAUGCCUGUAAAUCCUAGAUUGUAUGUCUUGCAUGGAAAAUCGGUUUUGAAACCUCGUCUUUACCAAAACAAUUUUUCGAACCUUCAAUCACAUUGGGCUUCAAUUUUCCUUAUUAUAUUAUUAUCAAAAAUCCUGACUUUCAUUUUACUUCCUGACACUUGGUUACCUAAGUGCAAGGUUGUCUCGUUUAUGUAACCAUUAUUCAUGACUUAAGGUGAAUGAGUUGCUCUUUAAUUUUAGCAGUGGUGAAGUGCCACUGGUAAAUGUGUCUAAAAAAUUGUUACAAGAACCCACAUCCAGCUACCGAGUUUCAUCAACAUUUAAUCUCGUCCACUUAAUUUUUGUUACCACUGAUCCAUGUAAACUACAGUACCAUAUACACACCGAUUGCAUCGUAAGUUGCAUUUCACUGUAACUUCAAGUUUAAGCUUAUGUAGUUACACUUCAAAUAUUUGUACGUUGUCAAUGGAAAUUAUUUCGAUAUAGGUGAUUGAGAUCAGUCGUUCUAACUUUUCCUCUAGAUAGCCAAUAUUUUCAGUAACAUUAGAUUCAGUAUGACAGGUGUUAUCAGAUAAAAUUACGUUUUGG